GGUACGGGGCGGUGCGGUGGCAGGAGGCGGUGCCAGGGGCGGUGCGGUGCCAGGAGGAGGUGCCAGGGGCGGGGCGGGGCCAGGAGGCGGUGCCAGAGGCGAGGCGGUGCCAGAGGCGGUACUAGGGGCGGUGCCAGGAGGCGGUGCCAGGAGCGGUGCGGUGCCAGGGGCGGUGCGGUGGCAGGAGGCGGUGCCAGGGCGGGGCGGUGCCAGGAGGCGGUGCCAGGGGCCGGGUGGUGCCGGGAGGCGGUGCCAGGGGUGGGGCGAGGUCAGGAGGCGGUGCCAGGGGCGGUGCGGUGCCAGGAGGCGAGGCGGGGCCGGGCCGGGCGGGGCGGGGCGGGGCGGGCUAGAAGCUCCUGCGGAGCGCGACCCCGGCGGGCGCGCAGGUGCGUGACCGGCGUCGGGAGCCCAGAGCGCGGCGAGCGGCGGCGGCCAUGAGCGCCCUGGACCUUGCCCGCGUGGGCGCGUGUGUCCUGAAGCACGCGGUGACCGGGGAGGCCGUGGAGCUGCGCAGCCUGUGGCAGGACCAGACGUGCGUGGUGGCCGGACUGCGGCGCUUCGGCUGCGUCGUGUGUCGCUGGAUCGCCAGGGACCUCAGCGGCCUGGGCGCGGUCCUGCAGCGGCACGGGGUGCGCCUGGUGGGCGUGGGGCCCGAGGCCCUGGGCCUGCAGGAGUUCCUGGACGGCGGCUACUUCACCGGAGAGCUCUUCCUGGAUGAGACCAAGCACUUCUACAAGGAGCUGGGCUUCAGGCGAUACAGCAGCCUGACCAUCCUGCCAGCUGCCCUGGGGAGGCCCGUGCGGGAGGUGGCUGCCAAGGCCAAGGCUGUCGGCAUCCAGGGGAACCUGUCAGGAGACGUGCUGCAGAGCGGGGGGCUGCUGGUGGUCACCAAAGGCGGGGAGCAGGUACUGCUACACUUCGUGCAGAAGUCGCCAGGUGACUACGUCCCCCGGGAGCACAUUCUGCAGGCCCUGGGCAUCGCUGAGGAGGCUGGUGCCAGCGGGCAGGACCCGCCCCAGGCCCGACGGGCCCCUUGUCCGCAGUGUGGCGAGGACUCGUGCGCCAGGUGACGCCUCUGAGCACUACGCUCCCUUCUGCUGAGCUCCGCCCGCCACAGCGAGCAUUAAAGCCGUUCACACUCCGCGCCUUGUC